AUGAUUUGAUGAUGUUCAUGUUAGGUUUUUAUCAGCCAAAGUUUGCAAGUGUGGUUAUGUUUCUGUUGUUUGUUUUUGUUUGAAAUUUAAAUCAAUAUAAUUAUAAUUUUAUGUAAUAUUUGUUUCAAUGUUACUUUUUUAUAAUAAACUUUAUAUUAUAUCAAGGAACUGUUUAAUACAAGCCAUGCUGUAAAACUCUUCAUAGUUUUAAUAAAAGUUGAAAAUUCAUGUUUUGGUUUCACUUUGGAUAUGUCUGAAAUAACUGACAUUGUUCGUAAAGUAUUUAUCAAAUCUGGAUUAAAUUCUAUUGAGGAUGUACUCAGAUUUCGAAUUUGGACACAUAAUCAAAAUCUCCUCAAAAUAGACAUUUCAAAUGACAGAAAUCCUCUUUUCCAAUGUUUCAUUGAGUUGACGGAAGCCAAGUUCAAAGAGAUAAGAGAAGGUCAGGACAUAAACAUUUCAUCUUUGGAUAAUUUGAAGUCUGAACUCAUAAAGCUCUUUCUACGUUGCGAGGGAAAAGAUGAGAAGGAAGCAAGGUUUUUUCUGCUGCUGGAAGAAGCAGGUAACCCAGCCAGUUUUCAAGGUUAUGAUGUGGUGAAAAAGAAACAAUUGAAAAUUGUUGAAAAGAGUGCUCUUAAGAAUCUGGUUCAUUUCACAUUCGAUGUUGUUGAUGCUACUGAUGAGGAAAUAAAGAUCGCGUUGAUUGGGCAAAUUGAUGGCUUGAAAAAUCUGUACCGCGCAAGUGAUGCAAAAGUCAAUGAACUGGAGCUCAAAUUGAUAGAAUCAAGAGAGCUGGUCAGUGCAAAGUUGGAUGAGUUGGCUGCAGUCAGAAGAGAACUGGAACUUUUGUCCUCAUCAUACGAAAAUGAAAAGAGAGAGUUGAUUGCAGAAGUUGGCGAAACAGAGUGUAAGUUGAGGCGAGAAUUUGAGAAAAAAACCAAAAGUGAAAAAGAUGAUUUUCAGAAGCAACAUAAAAUUGAGAUAGAUAAUCUGAAACAUCAACAAAAGGAACUGCGUGCUGAAAACAAAACAUUGAAACAAAGUUUGGAUGAGCUACAGACUUCUCUCCAGAGUGAAACACAGCGCUGUGGAAUUCUGGAAGUGAGACUGGGAAAUACACUUCAAGAAAUAGAACAGUUGAAAUCGAAUAAUGCGAAGCUGGAUACUGAUUAUCAUGACAAAGAGAAGAACGUCUACACUCUUCGCACUCGACUGGCUGUUUGUGAACAAGAGCUGAAAGAUAAAGCAUGUUUCAUCACUUCACUGCAGAAGCAAACUGACAAAGCAGUUUCUGAAAAGGAAUACUUCCAAAACUACUCCCAGGAUCUGGAGAAAGAGUUAUCAUUCAGGGAUGAAACUGUAUCGAAGCUUGCUAAAGAUAUACUCAAAGCGAAUGAAAUUAUCGCUAGGCAGGCUGCGGAACUUGAUACAUUGAAAAACAAGGUUACAGUGGCUACUUCAGUAGCUUUGGAACAGGAGAAAGUCUUGAAACAAAAAUCAGAAGAUAUCAAUCGGUUGGAAAAGGAGCUGGAAUCAGAAAAGAGUGAAGUUGAUAAAUUGUCGAAGGAUAAAGGAGCUCUCAAAAAGGAAAUAGAAGUCAUCAAUGAAUCUCUUACUCUGUGUAAAAAUAAAGCAGACAUCGAUUCGAAAGUUAUUGCCUGGUUUUCACGCGCGCUGAGGUUCCAUUCAUCGAGUGAGAACUCCAAUGCAGUGAUAACAAAUUCAACUCCUUUCUCUGACAUUGGACCUCGGCUAGAGCCAACAUCAACAGUGGUAGUCACGAUGUGAAUGUGGAAGUAUUUGGAAAGUCUCCUCCCCAAAUAUUCACUAGUCAAUCUCAGACAAACAAUGCACAAUGUGACUAUUAUGGCUCUAAAAAUGGCAAUGCGGUUAUCGAUAAACAAGUUCCCGAUUUUGUGUUGAGCAGAUUGUCUGAUAUUCAAAAUGACACUCCUGCAGGUGAACAAGGGAAAAGGCCUUACAGACCCCAAGAUUAUCGCACAAUUUUACCAGACAACUCCAAGGAAAUGUUGAGCAAAUUUGCGUCACAGCCAACCACCGGCCUAGUCAACAUGAACGGGAUGAGUGCAGUGCCUCCCAGUAGCCUAUCAAAAGACACUCUAAACAAAAACCAUCAUCAACCUGUGCAGCUGACAAACGAUUAUGCUCCCUUGGAAUCCGAUCGAUCUGGAAGUAAGAAAACUACAAGUUCUCGAAAAGAAAAGGAGGUUGGUCGUAGGUUUCCUGGCUCUUCCUCUUAUUUUCAAUGAUAGUUUAGUAUAGAAGUAAUUAGUUCGGCUCUAGGCAAAAUUCAAGAAAAAACUUGAAAUUUUAAGAGAAAAUAUUUUAUUUACUCUCCAGUUGAGGGACGGUACUCAUUGUUCGAUUUUCAACAAAAUCUAAACCCUCUUCAUAUCAAUAAUGAACAGUAUUAUCUUAGCACAAUCACUUAGUUCAACUAGUAUUAUUCCUAUACAAUGUAUAAAUUAUGGUAAUUUAUUAUAGUGCCUUUGCAAUUAUCGAUUUUGCUAGUGUAACUAAUAAUAUAUAACUCACAAUCAAAAGUGCAUUAUAAAUAUUAAGGUUUUUUAACAUUAUUGAUUAUUUAUUGCAUAAUUUAUGUAGGUUUUAUAUUUAUGUAACAGUAUAAAUUAGAAUCUUUCAAGAAGCACCAAUCAUUUUUAAUGUGAUAAAAUCACUUUUUCAUUUGUACAUUCCACUACUAAUAAAUAGUCUAUUAUAUUUCUUAA